CUAGUUGGAGAAAGAUUAGUCUUCUGAUGAAUUUUGAAAGAUGAAAAUCUUUAUCAACUAAUUUCUAAAUAAAUAUUUAAUCUUAUUAUCUUGUGAUUUUUUUUAAACGACCAAUCAAAGUUUACUCAAACACGUAAUGGAUCACCUUUAUGCAACACAUUCUGUACAUUCAACAUCUACGUCCAUCUAGAUCUUCAUCUAUUGUGUUUAAAUCUUAUUUCGUGUUAAAGCAUCAUGUAUCGUAAACUUGCGAUUGCCACAAUUGUGUUUAUAUUGUUUAUUCAUCUAUUUAACCGGACAUCUGCAACGGAAGAGUGUUUCGCCAACAUCAAUGACUUUAAUGACGGCUACUGCCAGUGUGAGGAAAAAUCUUCUGAAGUUUCGUGUAGUAUUAAUAAUGUAUCGUCUGAUCACAUAUUUUGGGAUGCAUUUGGAAACAUAACUGGCUUCCCGACUUCCAUUACCGUAAACGUUAUUGACUUUGAAGUUUCAUACUUUCCGUCAAGCCUUUUCCUCAAUUUACCUCUUACAGUUGAAGAAGUAAAACUUAAGGGUUGGAGCUUUGAAUCGAUACCAGAGAUACCUGUGGCUAUAAUUAGUCAAAACAAGAGUUCGCUCAGGAUACUUGAGAUAACCGGGAAUGAAAAUUUGACUGCAAUUUCUUCUUUUGCUUUUUCAUUGAUUAAUUCGCUUCAUAGAUUGAUUCUCUCUUCAAAUUCAUUGUCCAACCUAACAGCCAAUUCAUUCAACAAUCUCAUCAAGCUUCGUGAUUUAAGGUUAGACAACAACAAGAUUGUCUCGUUGCCGGAGAAAAUUUUCAAAAGCUUGAAACACUUGGGUAAUCUGACAUUGGCUAACAAUGAGAUUACCUCCAUAAGACGUGAAACAUUCACUGGACUCAGCUCACUUGUAGAGCUUGAUAUUAAUCGAAACAAGCUGUUGAUCAUAAAAAAUGAUACAUUCCAUGAGAUGAGAAAACUUAAAAGUUUGGAUCUAACGUACAAUUUUAUUGACACAAUUGAACAAGCAGCUUUUCGAGGACUUGUUGCACUAGAAAGCCUGGACUUGUCAGAUAAUCAGCUUCGACACUUACCCAAUGGCGUAUUUGAAUAUACUGGAAAUUUGACGUUAGUUGACUUGAAAGAUAAUCUAUUAACCAAAUUGGAUUUCGAUUUGUACAAGCAACUUCCUAAAACUACUUUUAUGAAAGAUAAUCCUUGGGUUUGUGAUUGUUCACUUUAUAUUCACAUUGAAAAGAUUAUCGAAUGGAAUAUUCACUCGAAAUGUCAAUAUUAUGCUGAUUUCAAUGAAAAUGGCCAAGCCGUUAAACCUGUAACAAUGCUGUUUAAACAAUUUGCCGAAAAAAUUGAAAAAAGUCCAAAAAAGGCGGAAAAAUGUUUGGAGGUGAUGAAAACAAUUGGAAAACGUUCCCACAAAGUGGUUAAUUACACUGCAUCAAAGUUCAUCAAAUCAUCAAGUAACCAAUUGAUGCCAUUCAUGAGCUUUAUUUUCAUAAUGUUAUUGUUACCUGGAUUGGACAAUUAAAUUAAAAUUUUCAUUUAUUGUUAAUUUUUGUGAUAAAAA